CAGCUGCGCGAGAAAUCUCGAGGAGGAAAAAAGGAAAAAAGCGACUGAGGUACUGAGGGAUCCGUCGGUCUGUUGCGCGUAUGCGCUGUCUGCACUGUGUGCGCGUUCAGUCCUGUGCGUGCCAUCCGUUGCAGUAUUUUGUACUAUUCUGCCUGCUUGGGAAAAGCGUGGGAACUUGACGGACUGAAAGAGGCGCGGACCCAGAACGCCCUCACAGGGCCUGGGACUGAUAUUGAAGCAGACCAACAGCGGGAUACUGAGGUUACGCAGGCAACUGUACAAGCGGACAUCAUGAGCUUCGGGACUUGGUUGCCUGCCUUGGCAAACCUUCUGCUCAUAUGGACACCCGUCCAGGCUCACAUAUAUGAAGACAACUUGGGAGGCCAAAUUUCGCUUCUUGGACCCCUGGUGUGCUUCGCUGUGUUUAUAGCCAUUUGUGCUUGCUUUUGCCGAGAGUGCCGGCGCAGGGAAGCCAUGUUAGCGUCCACCACAGCCGUCCCGGCAGACCCAUUUCAUACUCCAGGUCCCGUUCCUUACGGGCCUGCUGUAGCAGGUGCAAGGCCAGCACCUAUGGCCCAGCCUGUGCGUCCACCUUACAGCCCACCUUACAGCCAGCCGCCAGCACCAUCCCAGAGCCAGCCGCCCCCACCAGGCUUCCUUGGCUACCCUUAUGGCAGCAUGCCCCAGGACCCACCUCCACCAUAUGAGUACAAGUGAUUGCGGUGUGCUGGACUGAAUGACACAAGGACAGUGGAUUAGAAAAGAUGCACCUGUGGUCUACAUCUCAACUCCUGCUAGCCUUGUUAUGCCCCCACAAUGCUUGUUGGUGCUUUCGUAGCUCGCACGCUCAGCCUGUGACAUUCUGGGAUGGCAUCAAGUGGCAGCUGUGGCUCACAAUCUAUACUAUGUGUACUCACUGGCUGUGCUACAACUGUGUUACACAGCGGGAAUAGCCAAUACCACCCCGUGCUUCUGUGGCACACCAAGUUGAGUGUCACUGUACUUGAGAUUACUUUAGUAGUUUGUGUUUUUCUACUUAAGGCAUUACAAGUGGCCUUUCUUGGCGAAGGCAAAGGCAUGUUGUUCUAAAUAUCCAAGGCCUGACUUAUCUUGGAGAAAAUGAAGCAGAUAGUAGUUAUUCUUGAGGUGCUGAUCUCAAAGUGCAGCACUUUCACAGGUGUCUUGUGAAGCAUUAUUCACUCAGGAUUGUAACUCUGCUUUUACAUGAAAUGCAGUGCUUGAACAAGAGGCCAUGGUAUUGCUGUUCGGCUGAAUAUUCUUAUGUGCCUGCCUUAAUAUAUACAGAGUAUACUACAAAUGCCAUUUUUACUAUGUUGCACUGUUACAGUUCUAACGAUGACUGCGUUUGCAAGUACAUUUAGGGUGAGGUUUUGUAGUUUUUUACAUUAGAAACUUCAAUUCUUGAGAACAGGUAUGUGUACGAAUUUUAAUUUUUAAAGUAUGGUUGUAUGAAGAAUAUGGUGCUCUAGGCAUUAUUUCUGAGUUAUCUUACUUGCUAUAUUUAGCUGACCACUGGCUGGAUCCAGUGAACAGCAGCAUUGUUGCCAAAACAUUGCAAUGAAAUCGCGAAAACAUGGAAAUUCUACACUAUUUUCGCUGAAAUAGUAUUGUGACUUUACACUUUGGUGAGUUGCGUCACCAAAUGGUACUAGCAGUGCUUGCACUGGGCCAUUGGAGCUUAUAUAUCACAUUUUGUUGUCCAGAAAAUAAAAUUGUUUUAGUGAAUUUCACAGGCUAUUCAAACAAGGAGGCCCUCUGAGAGUCCACUUCAUUUCAGUUGGUAGUGUAUGUCAGCCUACCCCAAAUAUAUGUGUACAGUCACGUGCAAUAUGACAUUCAACAUCAGUGCCCGUGGUCGAAGGGGCUCCAAGGCUGUACGGCUGUGCAGACACAGGGUAAGUUCCAGACCUAAGCACAGCUUCACUUAGUGGUAUUUAUUAAACCGCUAUUUCGCAUAUCAGAGCCACCGCACAGCCCUGGAGCCCCUUCGACUACGAACAAGGGUGUUGCAAGUCAUUGCACACGACUGUACGUUGCUGCUGCCAUUUCUGUGCAUUUUCAGGAACACUGCCCUUGAUUUGCAGCAUCAAAUACCUGUAUUCAAUGCGUCGGGCCAUCUCUCUAAAUAUACACACUAUUAUUCGGUUCAGUGGGGCACUGGUGGUUUUGUAAAUGCUUGUCAACGACUCCCUGGAGCAUGCUGUAGUGGGUUUUACGUCAUAUUGGCAGUGCCAGACGCUAAAGGUAAGAUGGUAAAUCGGCUCGGUUGGCUAUGGACGCGCGACUACCGUUGCUUUUACGCUCCUAGACAAAUGUACAACCUUUGGGGUGUAUAUCUGCCACACAACAAUAAUCGUCAUCUGCCAUGCUUGCGUUUCCUUGAAAACGCUGCUGACGCUGCGCCCGCUACUUUCCUGUGUCCUGUCGAGAAUGAUAUCUGUCGUGCUGAUAACGCGCAUGUCGUUCGUGACUUAGAAGUACCGGGCUGGCAGCGUUAAAGAAAGGAAAUGCGGACAAGACAGAUGACGAUUAUCGUUGUGUGAUAAGAUACGACCCAAAGGGUGCAGUUUUGCUUUAAGAGUGCAGGCAUGGUGUAGGGCAUUAAAAGCAAAAAUUCCAUGCAGGCCGACUUGCACGUUCGUUUUUUUUUUGUUUUUUUUUUUUGUUGUUGGUCGGCAGCGGCUACAUUGUAGCGCUUAGAACUCUUAAUACGAGAAGUGGACCGAGCAGACGAAGCUGUAUGCUCCGCCUACGUUACGUUUACGCGAACAUAAAAUCAAGCGAAAUGAAUCAUUGCUCAGGUGUGCGUCGGUUUUCAUAAACGAGCGCGUUAGUGUUGUUUCUUAAGCGCUUUCUUAUUCCUAAAUAGAUUCCUAAAGACGCAGGCUACGGUGCUGCUACCGUACUACGGUCUAGGGUGGCUUUAUUCUAUGGGGUGGCCGUAGAAUGUGCUCGUGUAGAACACCUAUGGGUGGCUACGUGGGUGGCUACCCGUGCUACCGGUUUACGUUGAUGCGGCUAUGCUUGACGCGCACGGCGCGGGCGCGGCUGCGGCAAAGUGCCCACACUUUCGUUCGAAUGAUUCUAACCAUGCGGUACUCAAAUUGUAGACUUCGGAGCAAGUCAUCCUUGCCCGACAUUGACUUGCCACAUAACCAAGACAUAGUUGUCGGCAGAAACCGCAGCACUCAAAUUCGGAACAAGCGCUGCUCUAGAUGUCAAGCCAGACUACGAGCGGAUUUUAACAACGGCACGAUUCAGCUAACGCAGCUUGGAGAAAACUCAUGCCAGGUGUCGGGUAGGUGUCUUGCAGUUGGGGAGACGGUGACAGUGUCUGACGGUGAUCAGUUCGAGUUGCUUGCGGAAGAACUGCCUUACGUGGUUUUGUUCGAGAAGUCUUCUAGUCUUGACAUACCUUCAUCGGCUGCUGCAGUCGAUUUUCCCAGUUGUGACGGAAAUCACCACUUGAAGCGUAAAUCUGAUGACGAAGACAUGCCACUAUCGAAGAAACAUGCCUCAUCCGACGCGCAUGAUGAACAUGACGAGUAUGUGGAAGAAGUUUCCCGCAAAUUGAAGCACAUGCAGAGUAGCCAUAAAAAGCGUCACACUGAAAAUUUGACGCAACAAAGUGAAACUGUGGUUUCACAUCAUGGUGGAAAUCCUGGAGCGCGCCAGAGCAAGAGUGGAUGGACUGACUUGACAGAACAUCAUGUUUUACUGUUUAAUUCAGAAAGGCUUGAACACAAGCCAAAGAUUGCUGCAUUUGACCUUGAUGGAACUCUUAUCACUACCAAGUCUGGCAAGGUAUUUCCCCUCAACUCUGCUGAUUGGCGGAUACUAUUGUCAGAAACUGAGGCACGCCUACAUAGUCUUGUAAGAGAGGGUUACAAGAUUGUUAUCAUUACCAACCAGAGGGGUCUUGCUAAGAGCCACAGCCAUGAAGUUGACUUCAAGAGCAAGGUGGAGCGUGUCUUAAAGACGUUGGCUGUGCCAGCCCAAGUGUAUGUGUCUAUUGGCCAUGGCUUCUAUCGCAAACCAGCACCAGGAAUAUGGCAGCACCUGGAGUCUCAUGGAAAUGGAGGUAUUCCAAUCAAUUUGAAGGAGUCCUUUUAUGUUGGAGAUGCUGCAGGGAGACCAGCAAACUGGGAACCUAAACGCAAAAAAGAUUUUUCAUGUUCAGACAGACUGUUUGCCCUCAACAUUGGAAUUACAUUUUAUACUCCAGAAGAGUUCUUUUUGAGGAGUCGUGCAGCUAAAUUUGAUCUUCCACAAUUUGACCCCCGCAAAGUGCCACAUCUCCCACUUGCUGAAGUUGUAGCAUCUGCAAAGCCAAGUGAAAGCAAAUUCUUUAAUGGUGAUGACCUUCCAGCAGAUCACACUGAGGUUGUGGUGCUUGUUGGAUAUCCCGCAUCUGGUAAGAGUCACUUUGCAAAGGAGUACCUUGUAUCAAAGCAGUAUGCUCAUAUUAACCGUGUAAGUUUGCUGGUGGAUAUGUUGAAGUCGUCACAGAAGUGCAUUGAGGAAUGUGAAAAAUCACUAAGGCGUGGUCAGAGUGUAGUGGUAGACAACACUAACCCGGACCCCGAGAGCCGAAAAAGUGAGGAUGUAGUUGUUCACUGGAAGCAUGCUGAAAACAGCGAUAAGUUUAUUGACAUUGCAAAGAAACAUGGCUGUGAAUGCAGGUGCUUUGUUAUGGAUUGCACCCUGGAGAGAGCAAAGCACAAUAACCAGUUUCGUGAGAUUAAGCUGAAGGGACAACCCCAUGUUUCUGUCACAGACAUGGUGCUAUACAACCAUCGGUCCAAGUUCAAGGAGCCAAGAUUGUCUGAAGGAUUCUCAGCCAUCUUAAAAAUAAACUUUGUUCCCAAAUUCGGUGCACCUGAAGAUGAAAAGCUAUACAGAUGCUUUCUCAAAGACAAGUAACAUCGCAGUUAGUGAAUAAACAUGCAAGAUCAGCUAUUUCCUCUUUGAAUGUAGCUCAUUAAAAGUGACCUUUAGAUUG